AUGACGAAGAGGAAGACCGCGAGGGGGAGGAUGGUGGGGAAGGGGAUGCGAAGGGGGUCGGAGAGGACGGGGGUGGCGGCUGGCCGUUCCCAGCUCAAGCAGGUCUCGUUGCUCACGCUGCGGCAAAACUCUGUUGCCUUCGCUUCUACCCCGUCCUGGUUUCAGAGGCGUCUAGAGGGCGAGGAGGAGCUGGAUGAUCCCGAUGAGAGUGAAGGAGAUGAGAUGGAUUGCAUACUUAGCCAGGAUUUCUUCUGGUACUGUUCCACUGCGUGCCUCCUCUUUGGUGCUCGGUCACCUUUGUGUCCUUCCUAUUUGAUAUCUAAUGCUUGAUUUGUCUUCUUGCUGUAGUACUCCCGAUUACAUUACUCCAGAAGGACCGCAGAUCCCCAACAACUUCGAAAUGAACAAGGUUCAUCAGUUCGCGAAUGAAACUUGUUUUCAUCCUUCGUCUCGACUACCUCGCUUUGGGCAAGGUUCAGCUUAGCUGUGUUUCUUUUUGCUAGCAGGAAAACAUGACCUGCCCAAAGUCCCCGGAGAAGUCCACUAAUUCGAGGAACAGAAGGCAUAAACAAGGUACCAGUAAAGCUACAGAUCCAUUGCGUGGAUGUCAUUUCCGUACUGUUCUUUGAACUGGGUCACGUCCCUAGAAUGGAGGAAAGCAUUCAUCUUGGUGUAUCUUGCCUCCGUAUCGUUUCGUCUUCCUGUUCGUUUUUCGUUUUUUCCUUCUCCAUUUUCUUCCUUUCUUGUCCUGUUUGCUAUAACGUUUCUAAUCCUGUGUAACCUCAAAUCCUUGUUCUACAGAUGUUUCUGUGGCUAGCACCCCUUGCGUUAGCCUGUCCGAUCAUCAAUGUAUUUCGGAAGACCAACGGAAUGAGAGCAAUCCAGCGGGUAGUUCACGUAAGAAACGCAAUUAUGUCCCACAGAGUGCUGUUGCUCUGCGAUGUAGAGUCAUGCCUCCCCCAUGCAUCAAGAACCCAUACUCGAAAGACACUGCAGUAAUGGAUAUGGAUAUUUUUGGAGAUAAAAGAUCAAAGAAUUCUGGUAUGAACACUGUCAAGUUUUUUCAGUCAAUUGCCCUUCCUCUUCCUAUGAUAUAUGCCAUUUAUUUUAAUUCGAAUAUUAGGGUCUAUAAAUCCUGAUUUCUGAAGAAAAUGCAGAUCAGACUGUUGCACUUUGAUGUACUUUGAUACCAUUUUUUAUAUCAUGUACCAUCUGGAAACUGAAUAAUAUUUGGACAAUCUGCAGGGCAUUGCUCCCAGUUAACUUUAGGACAUAGCACCUCACGCUACCGUGCUGAUUUCCAUGAGAUUGAGGUUCUUCUCUCUCUUCAACUAUGGCUGAUUUCUCGCGGUCUGCAAUAAUGCUUAACUUUAGACCUGCUCUUCUUUCAGCAAAUUGGCUGCGGUAACUUCAGCCGUGUAUUCAAAGUUGUUAAAAGAAUUGAUGGGUGCAUGUAUGCAGUGAAGCAGAGUAUCAGGCAGCUGCGGCAAGAUACUAAUAGGUUGUUGGUAUAAUAUAUCUCAGUUAUUUGUAUUCACGUCACUAUUAAUAGUUAUCAUUGCUCCGUUUUACUUGCAGGAGACAAGCUUUAAUGGAAGUUCAAGCACUAGCUGCGCUGGGUAUGUUUAGUAAUGAGGACUUUGCUUGCUGACCUUUUGUUCUAUCUUAUGGGCGUUGACUAAUGCCAGAAGCACAUCGCAUUCAGGACCUCACGAAAACAUUGUCGGGUACUAUUCUUCAUGGUUUGAAAAUGAGCAGCUCUAUAUUCAGAUGGAGCUUUGUGAUCGCUGCCUGUGCAUCAACAGAUCGCUUGUACCCACCGUAGGGGAAGUCCUAGAGGCCCUAUAUCAGGUUACUGUACUAUCACCUUGUGAAAUUGCUCUCUAUUCUGGCAUCAGGAUCUUGUAAAAUGUGUAUAUUAAUUCGGGGCUGAUGCUACUAUCUUGAUUACGUCUCCAUCAAAUGAGUUAUUGAUUUCGCUAACUUUGAAACGUUCUUAUAUUUAGUGAUUUCCUUUAAUCUGCAGAUAUUUUUGACAAAGUUUAGUGGUUUUAUAUACAUACCCAGGGGUCACAAACAUUAUAAACAAAAUGAUUCAUUUCCAUGGUAAAGAUUGAAUCAUUUUUUUUAUAUAUAUAAGAUGGUGUAAUCCCAGUGUUCAUCAAAUGAAUAUUUUUCUAUUUCUUCUUGGGGACCUCUGACUUGUUAAAUGAGCGGGUGGUGAUUUUUUGUGUAGGAGGUUGUUCUACUAUCUUGCAUUAUCUAUGCUCUGGUUGAAUAAUAUUUGGUAGGAAUCCGUCUGUUUUUUCUUCACUUAAUCAUAUUUAAGAAGACGCCAAAAAUUAUUAUUAUUAAUAUUUUUUAUAAAAAAAAACUCGUUCUUGUUAGCUCUAUUUUCUGACAGAAUAUUCAACUGUUCAAUGCUUAUUCUUAUCAAGUAAUUUCAUAUUUGCUAAGUUUAUGAAAUUAUAAUCCAAGCAAAUUCAAUAACUACCAAGCACUAUCCAUGUUAUGUGCACAUGCUUUACUAAAUUAUAUUCUGAUAUAUCGCAACAAAGAUCUUCAUAGGUAGCUAAAGCAUUACAGUUUAUGCAUGAACGUGGGAUAGCUCACCUGGAUGUAAAGCCCGACAACAUAUAUGUUAAAAAUGGUGUAUAUAAGCUUGGAGACUUCGGCUGUGCAACCCUGAUUGAUCGAAGCUUGCCAAUCGAAGAAGGUGAUUCAAGGUACAUGCCUCAGGAGAUCAUCAACGACCAGUAUGAGUAUCUUGACAAGGUCGACGUGUUCUCCCUGGGCAUUGCCACCUACGAGCUUGUGAGAGGCCUGCCAUUACCCGAAUCAGGUCCCCAGUUCUCCAACCUCAGGGAGGGGAAGAUCCCGUUGCUACCUGGGAUUUCCAUGGAGUUUCAGAACCUUAUAAAGGUAGUAAGAAAAUUCUCUCACAUCUUGCUGCCUAGAAGAGUUGACUGUUUCCUAAAAAGGAGGAAAAAUAUGAUUCAAUGGUGGAAAUUAUUUCUAUUUCUAACCAUUUCAGUUCUUCUUCAGUCAAUGAUGGACCCAGAUCCAGUCAGAAGGCCCUCAGCGAGGGAAGUCAGAGAGAAUCCCAUUUUCGAUAGAAGCUUGACAUCCAAGUAA